AUGCAAGAUGUCAUAAUGGCUGAGAUUCUGAAGCUUAAUGUUACGAAUCUUGUGUUUCCAGCAGAUACUAACUUUUCAUAUGUUAGUCCGAUUCCCGACGUGGUGCUUGAUAAAGUUCCUUCUAGUAAUCCAAUUAUUACCAUUUACAAGAAGAUUCCAAAUAUUGGUUCAAGGCAUGUUCUUGCUGACUUACAAGAAAUUUUUGAUGUUAAUGUUGUUACUAGAAGAACUGGUGCUGGUGGUAAGCGAAAGGCUAAAAUAGUUGAAGAGGUUGUUGUUCCGAAGCCAAAGAAGCAAAAGAAUAUUAAUAUGAAAGCAAAGCCUUUGAUUGUUUAUGAAGAAGAGGAUCAGACCAUUAUCAUUUAUAUUAGAGUUGAGAUUGAUAAUCAUUGCGAAGAUGACACCGCGAAGUCUUCGAAGAAACUAAAGACAACUGAGAUACCAACACUUACUAAGAAUAUGAAAGUUUCGAAGGUUACGUAG